UGGCCCAAAAAUAGAAUUUAUAUAAGUGUUCUAGCUAAAUCUUUUCUUUGAUCCAUUUCCUACAUAUAGGGCAACUUAAGUCCAACUAGUGGUGGGUUACAAAAUUGAAAAAUCUAACUUUUACAGAAUUGAGAAGUGACACCUAAUUAUACUAUUAUUCCACCCCAACCAAUCAACAACUACCACCUAUAUCAAAACACACCCACUCCAUCCUACAACAUUUUUUUGUGACCAAAAACGUUGUAAACCAGCUGGAUCUAUUUCCGACCAAAAUAUGUCAGACCUGAUGGACAAUGGGUCGUCAGACUUACGGAAAUGGGGGUGGUCGACAAUCAUACUCCGAAAGUACUAUUACGAAUCAAUCUUCUCGACAGGAUGCUGAACACACCCCAGAAUCGAAGUUUUGAGCAUCUGACAAGGUGGUCGUUUUGUAUUGAAUCAAAGCGCAGUUCUCAGUUCAUUCAUCAAGCGCUGUUUUCAUUUCAUGGUGGCCACCAGAACUGAAUUGGUGCUACGGAGUUACGACAAUGACGAUGGGUACACACUAGCGCUGCUGUGUACGCUUGUGUGUACGAUGAGUACACUCUAAGCGUCAUUCUCCAGAGAUUUGCCUUGCUAGAAUUUGGCUGAAGUCGAGAGGAACCAGAACCAAGACAACGAACCUAGGUUGUUGGGGAAGGUAUUCCGUUACGAUGGAUUUUGCGAAGAGCACGGUUGCGAGAAUUUCAUUCGAGGGGCUCAAACCUGAAGAUGGACUUUCCAACCAGAGAGUCGAAAUCAUUGUGUUUCUAGCGGCAAUGUUCAUCUUGCCCUUUGUGUUGCUGAAGCUAAUGCGGCGGCCAAAGUUGAAGCUACCGCCAUCGCCACCGGCCUAUCCUAUCAUUGGGCACUUGCACUUGCUUGGCAAGCUGCCACAUCAUAGCAUUGCAAACAUAGCGAAGACGUAUGGGGAGAUUUACUCCCUCCGCUUAGGGUCGGUGCCUGCCAUUGUGGUCACCACGCCGGAGAUGGCCAAGGAGUUCUUGCUGACUCAUGACAAAAUCUGGGCGUCACGCACUGUCCGUGAUGUGUCGGGCUACUACCUUUCCUACAACCACACAGGUAUUGCGUUUGCUCCAUUUACUCCCGUAUGGCGCAAUCUCCGAAAAAUUUGUACGUCGGAGCUAUUUACGCAAAAAAGAAUGGAAGCCUCGCAGGGCGUGCGCGACGUGGAAAUGCAGUGCAUGAUCAGGAGCAUCCUGAAUGACGCGAACCAAAGACGGCUCAUAGACCUGAAGCUGGAGGUCAAUGCUCUAACGGCAAACGUGGUAACACGAAUGGUGCUCAACAAGCGGUUCAUGAGGUGCGUAGACUCCACAGCCGAGGAGGAAUCUAGAGCGCAACAGUUCAAGGAAAUCAUGAAGGAUCACUUCACCCUCCAAGGCAUAUUCAUGAUCGGAGACUACAUCCCAUGGUUACGUCCCUUGGACCUCGGCGGCAAGGAGAAGCGCAUGAAAGCACUUCGAAAGCGCCUGGACGCCUUCUUAAACGAGAUCCUCGACGACCACGAAGUCAAGCGAGCAAAGGGACCAAUCGCGGAGGAGGACCAAGAUAUGAUUGACGUCCUCUUGAAUGAAAUGCACCAGCAAGACCCCAACGAACCACACAAAAUGGACUUAAACAACAUCAAGAGCACCAUCCUAAAUAUGUUCGCCGGAGGAACAGACACUGCAACGAUCACUAUCGAAUGGGCCAUGUCUGAGCUGCUCCGAAAUCCACCCAUCAUGGCCAAGCUCAAAGCAGAGCUCGACGCCCUGAUCGGCCAAGAUCGGCGAGUGCGCGAGACAGAUGUGCCCAACCUCCCAUACCUGCAAGCCAUCACCAAGGAGACCUUCCGUCUGCACCCAGCGGGACCUCUCCUCGUCCCCCACGAAUCCACCCACGACUGCGAGGUGGCGGGGUAUCGAAUUCCCGCUGGCACUCGCUUGUUUGUCAACAUCUACGCGAUUGGGCGUAGCAGCAAGGCGUGGGAUCGCCCGCUCGAAUUUGACCCAGAGAGGUUCAUGACGGGGCCGGACGCGAGCGUCGACACCAAGGGCAAGCACUACCGUCUGCUGCCGUUCGGAACGGGGCGUCGAGGGUGCCCGGGCAUGUCGCUCGGCCUUCUCCUUGUGCAGUUCACGCUGGCCGCGCUUGUGCACGCAUUGGAUUGGAGUCUGCCCCCUGGCAUGGAUCCCGAGGACGUGGACAUGACGGAGGCCUGUGGCUUGAAGGUGCCCCGGGAGCACGCUCUGUCUCUGAAUGCAAAGCCUCGUGCUGCAGCUCAAUUCUACUGAGUGACGACCCACCUCACCCAGAACGGCUUUUUCUGAAUCCUCGGUGCGUUUUUCACACAUUAGAAAGGGAAGUGUGUGUUUCUGCACCCCUUCUAUUCCAGCUAGAGUUCUUCAUCUGUGGGGUGUGGACAGAUUAGGUGUGUAACCAGGUGCUGUGUCGCUGCUUGAAGAGAAUGAAACACCGCCGUAGGUGUUCACCGUAUUCCAUCCCAGCAAAUGGAAUGCCGGACUCUUCUUUUCAUGUUUUUGGUUUUGGUUAAUUUCAGUUUGAGAGAGAGGCUUGUUGGGAAAUGUAAUUUGAUGUCUUGGGGUUAUGUUAGCAGGUUUUAAGGUUAGUGUGGUCAUUCCAAGCUCUAUACAUUGUUCAAAGUUUGGUAUAAAUCUAACGGUAAUCUUGUAGAAAA